AUUCAAUUCCUAAUUAUUUGCUCCAUAUUUAUAUUUUACUUUGUCAAAUUUUAGUUGAGUGGAAUUGAAAAAAAAAAAAACAAAAUUUGUGAGACCUAAACAAAUUUUUACGGAGUAUUAAAGUUAUGAUCUCAUAAGUCCAAUGACAUUUAUACUAUCGUCAUAUGAGACAAUCUUUAACAGACAUCUCCAUAUGUAAAAUGGAGCAAAUAAUUAGUAACAGGGAGCAAUUGGAAAUAAAGAGCAUAUAUCAACAACCUUAUCCAUAAACAAAACAAAAGUUGGGAGGGAAACAAUUACAACCAACAGGCACACCCAAUUUCCCAAGCUACUUCCCCUGCAUAGCAAUGGCGGCAGCAGCAUCUCUUUCCACCAUUGUUACACCUGUAACCUCCUCUUCUUCUCUCUCUUUCAUCCCUUCUGAAAACUCCUUCACCUAUUUCUCACCUAAACCAAAACCCUUCCACAAAACCCUCACUCUUAAAUCCCAGAAUUUCACUCCAUCUCCUCUCCCACUUCUCUUCCGUCUCCACCUCUGCCACUCUUCCUCCGCUUUCAACGAUACCGAAGACUCGAUAACCGAUGGAUCGGAAGAGAACUCAAUUGGGGUAGAGCAAGAGCAAGAACAAGAACUACAACAAAUUCAAGAGCGAGAUGAAUUAGAAGAAAUUAUAGAUACAGAAAAUAAAGGGGUUGAUUCAGUUGAUGAUUGCAGGUUAUUUGUUGGAAAUUUGCCUUAUUCUAUGACUUCUGAUCAAUUGUCUGAAGUUUUUGCUGAAGCUGGUCAAGUACGGUUCAUUGAGAUAAUAUAUGAUAAGGUAACUGAUAGGAGCAGAGGGUUUGGAUUCGUAACCAUGGGAAGUGUUGACGAGGCAAAAGAGGCCAUUCGAAUGUUUGAUGGUUCUCAAGUUGGAGGCCGAACUGUGAGGGUGAACUUUCCAGAAGUGCCAAGAGGUGGUGAGAGGAAAGUAAUGGGGCCAAAACUUCAAAGCAGCAAUGUAGGUUAUGUGGAUACUCCUCACAAGCUCUAUGCUGGUAAUCUCGGAUGGGGCAUCACAUCACAAGGACUCCGAGAAGCCUUUGCAAACCAAGAAGGUUUUCUGAGUGCUAAGGUGAUAUAUGAGAGAGCAAGUGGAAGAUCUCGAGGUUUUGGUUUUAUCACUUUCUCAACUGCUGACGCUGCAGAGUCUGCUCUCACUACUAUGAAUGGAGUGGAACUGGAAGGACGACCUUUACGAUUGAAUAUGGCAUCUGACAGAGCUCGCUCUAAUACUGAAGCUUAUGCUGAGCAGAGUGCAUAAGUUUCAUCUGUUAUCCCUUGAAAAUA